GGCAAAUUGGGGUAAAAUCAUAUCGUAAUUGAGAUACGACCCAGUAUCAAUCACCUUAAUUCGGGUAGUUCAGAUUGAAAUGGUGGUCAAUCAACAAUACACUCGAAUUGACACUAUGGAGCUGAAAGCCCUUAUAUAUCGAAAGAUUGGGCAUCGGAGAGCAGAGAAAUACUUUGAUCAACUCAAGAGAUUUUUUAGUUUAAAGCUUAAUAAGAAUGAGUUUGAUAAGUCUUGCAUUAGAACCAUUGGGAGGGAGAAUUUGUCUCUUCACAAUUGCCUUAUUCGGUCCAUUGUUAAAAAUGCAUGUGUUUCUAAAAGUCCCCCCUUAAAAGUUAGGAAAGUAGAAGGGUCCCUCAAUGUUAAAAUUGCAAAUGGUUAUCAGAGAAAUUCUCUUCAAUCAGCCUUUCCUCCAUCCCCCCGUAAGGGGAGAUCUCCCGUUCAUAGGGAUCGCAAGUUUCGGGAGCGUCCUAGUCCUCUUGGGCCGCUGGGGAAGUCCCCCAGUAUUACAGGUGAUGAAGCUGUCACUAGGGUACAAGAGCAGCAGCAGAGUGCCACAGAAUUGCAUUCACUUGGAAGCAGACCCCCUGUUGAAGUUGGAUCCGUGGAGGAUGGGGAAGAAGUUGAACAGUUUGCUGGAAGCCCAAGCAUACAGAGCAGAAGCCCUGUUACAGCGCCUCUUGGUAUAUUUGUGAACAUGGGUGGCACCCGUAAAACUCUUUGUAAUGGAUCUGUCCAAAAUUUUCACCCUGAGACCUCUCAGAACUGUGGCGAGUUGCCUGAUUCUAGAUCUUUAAGGAAUCGUUUGCAGCGGAAGUUGGAGAUGGAGGACCUUAGUAUGUCUAUGGACUGUGCUAACCUAUUAAAUAAUGGUUUGGAUGUGUUUUUGAAGAGGUUGAUUGAACCUUGUAUAGCACUAGCUGGGUCAAGGUGUGGAAAAGAGCAUGUUAGACAAUUUAAUGGUCAGAUUAUGCCUGGUUUGGAUGGGAUAUUACAUGGGAGGCACACACAGAGACCUCUCAAACCCAUAUGUGCAUCUAUGUUGGAUUUUCAUGUCGCAAUGGAGUCAAAUCCUCGUAUAUUGGGAGAAGAUUGGUCGAUACAACUCGAGAAGAUCUGCUCUCGUGCAUGUGAGUAAUGAAAAGAACCUACAGUUGGUGCAUUUACCAAACAACCCGACAUUGGCGGGAGUAAGGGAAAAGAAUUCCAAGUUUCGUCAGUCAGAAGAUUCACUCUUACAUGAAUCUUGACAGCCACCGUCAAAGCAGUAGCCACAAGCAGUACCAAGGAAUAAGUUGUGUGUACUGUAGUAAGUUUUGGAUUAAUUUGUCAGGUUGCAUUUUAAAUGUCAGCAUUGAUUAUUGUUGGGGAUGGGAGCAUGAUUAUACGGUCAAUUUACAGAUUUAGAUACUAUUUAGAACCUCAGUCUUGAGAGGUCAAACAACUUUCAACUCACAAUUGUAGUUUGAGAUGUUUCAAUUUUUGCAUUAGAUAAAGCAUUAUCGAUUUCCAAUUGGGUUACACAUAACCAGGGUCAAAAACUAUAGAAUUUGAUCUGAAAUCAACUGUUUUUUUUAUUGAUGUAUCGGUAAACUGUUUAUUUUUCCUUGAUGCUCAUAUGG